GGCUAUGUUUGGAUUGGCUUCUUGAAGCCCCAAACUCACGUUUUAUUCCUUUAAACUUAAAAGUGGUCUUAUUUUCUUGUUUGGGUUUUUUCUCCAAAAUCAAUUCUACUCUCCUAGAAGCAAUUCCAAUAGAAGCUACAAUUCCUAGCUUUUGAGGUUAGCAAGAAUCAAUUCUGCAUUUAUGAUAUUUUGGUUCUUACAAUUUUCCUUCAUUGCCCUCUUUAAUUUCUUUUCAACUGUUUCUUCUAUUUUCAAGCUACCAUACUCUCUACUUUCCAAUUUUCUGCUUUGUAUUAAUUCCUUCAUUACUCUCUUUGCUUUGUAUUAAUGAAUUUGGUAAACCAAAUUUGAUUAAGAUUUAUUACCUUCAAGUCUAUAUAUACACCAUCAUCUCUUACAACCAAAAAUACAAGGAAAAAUUCUACUCCAAGAAUAAGUAUUAUGACUACAAAGAGAAAAAUUCAUGUUGAUGAAAUUCAAAGAUAUAAAGCUAGUUGGACGGAUCUUAAAGUUAGCGAAAUAUUCAUUCAAGCAUGUAUGGAUCAAGUUACGAAAGGUGAGCGCAUUGGAACUAGCUUUACCAAGACGGGUUGGAAAAACAUUGUUUCUCAAUUUAAUGGAUCAUCCGGGAGAAAUUAUGACAAGACAAAAUUGAAGAAUAGAUAUGAUAGCUUGAGAAAGGAAUGGAGAGCAUGGUUUAAUUUAUUUGGAAAAGUUACCGGAAUGGGGUGGGAUAGUGAGAAGAAUUCAUUUGAUGCACCGGACGAGUGGUGGGAGAAAAAACAAUUGGAAAAUCCUCUAUAUGGAAAAUUUAGAGAGAAAGGACUUCCAUUUGCUAAUCAACUAACCACACUUUUCAAGGAUGUGGUGGCUAAUGGUGAGUAUGCUUGGGCACCUUCAAGUGGUAUAUUGCCCGAUGAGGAUUGUGGUAACGAUGUUGAUGACUUAGGUCCAUGUCCUAAUAAUAUUGGCUUGGAUAUGGAAGAAGGAUCGGGUGAUAGUGAAGAUGUAAGUAUUGGAGCAACGAAAGAUUUUUCAAAUAUUAAUUUGAAUACUUCCCAAGGGGUUGCUAGCCAAAGUAGUGGACAAAAGAGAAAGAGAGCUAGUGGUGUUGAAAAGAAAACCAAGAAAAAGAUAACUCCCUCAUCAACAAUAGCUGAAGCUGUUAGUGUGAUUGCAGAAACAUGUAAGGCACGAAAUGAUGCUAUAACUAGUACAUCUAUUGGUGAGGUGAUGGCCACACUCCAUACCAUGGAUGAAAUUACAAGUGAUAUAGACUUGUUGACAAAAUGUUGCCAACUAAUGAUGUUCAAGCCUGCGAGGGAGAUGUUUGUUUCCUUUAAAGGUUUUGAAGAUAGAAGGGUGCAUUGGCUUAAAUUUGCAGCAAAUAAUCCUAUGUCGUUUAUGAAGAUGUAAUUGAUCUAAAAUUUCAUAAAAAUUAGUCUUAUUUAUGUAUUAGGAUCUUAAGCUAUGAAUCAUCUUAAACUAGGACUUAUAGUAAUUAGACUUUUUAUGUAUUAGGAUUAGCUAUCUUUUAAUUACCAAAUGAUAUGGUGAAGUGGAAUUAUAAGUAUUGAAAUGAAUUUGCUAUGUUUCUAUUACUAAAUGCUAUGUUUAUAAGUAUUGAAAUGGAAUUACUAAAUGCUAUAUUUCAUACUGUUAGUUAGAUACUGCUAGUUAAUUAUGAAAUGAAAUGAAGGGUGCAUCUACUUAAAUUAUACUGCUA